UUCCUUGGAGGCCAGAUUUAAAAAUUAACCGCCACAGUGGCCUGUUGGCAAAUAGGAAGCACUGCUGGUCUUCUUCCACACUUGCUCUCGAUGUAGAUUUUUAUACUCCCCCCCCCCCUUUGUUCCUGAUACAGAUCUUCACUCAAUCCUUCUUCUCUGGCUUGGUGAGGCACCAUUUUGUUGUUUACCUCAAGUGUCAAAAAUGCCUGUUAUCAUAGUCAUUUCUCUUGUAACUUCACAUGGACUUGAAGGUUGUCCUCAGAUAAUAAACUGGGCUCAGAACUUGUAGGAAAGUUGUGACACUGUGUACAAAACUGCAGUCUGAGUAACAUCCUCAGAGUUAGCCGAAACAGUUAACUAAUAACAUUUAUUGAGGCAUAAGCUUUCCUGGACUAGAGUUUAGUUAAUCAAAUGCAUGAAGUAUUAUCCGUGCUUGACAGGAGUUUUUCUCUCAGGAUCCCAGAGUUCCAUUCCUAUCAAAACUGAGCAAACAGGAACAAUAACCAUUGAUAGCUUAUAUGCAGAAGUUGGCAGACAUCCUGAAGGAAUUACUUUAAAGGUAUUUCAAGAAAGCUAGGCAUUGAAAUAUUUCAGCAUACAUUUUCCCAUGUGCACAGGCUGUUAUUUAUGUCUUGUUUUUAUCUGUAUGGGCCUACGGCCGUAAUAAAUUAUUAUUAUUAUUAUUAUUUCAGCAUACAAUUUUUUUAAAAAAAAUAAAUAUUCCAGCUCAAUGAAUAAAAUGUUUGCACAACUCUGCUCUGCUUCAUUUGGCUUGCUUGGCAGUAAACUGAUGGGAAUCACAUCAAUGCAAACAUGAAAGAGAAUAUACCACUUCUUACUUUGCUGCAAAUAAAGAAAAUUGACAGUUUUAAUAUCAAGCAUUCAACAUUAUAAUGUCUGCACCCAUGGGGGGAAACUACUUUCCCCUCUGUCAGAAAAAAGCAGAGUCCAAGAGUACAUGAUUAUACCUGUGCAAGAAAGUGGAGAAAUUUCAGGGUAUGAUAACAGAAUUGUAAUUGGUCAUUAGGUUUUUAUGAAUAGGUGGCAAUCAAAUGAUAUGCCCUAAAGUAAUCAUCCUGUAAAAUAUAGCAAAACUAACUUAGCUGCCCAAAUUGAGGUUGGAAGAACACAGGGAUUUCCACAGACCUGGAUUGGUAUCUACUUAUAUGUGCUUUAUGUGUACACAUCCUCUCUGUGUGUCUCUGUCUCUCUCCGUCUGUGAGAGGUGCUCCCUUACUCAGUUGAGAUGAGGAUGACUUUGAAGCCAUUAAAAAAGAACUGUCAAGAUAGCACUCACAUUGCAGUAUUGUUUGUGCUUCUAUAAUUCAUACAAGUUCAUAGCUUUGAUUGGAAUUUUGAUGGAACAGGUGCCCUGAUUAUUGUCAUCUGGACAAACAAAUUUCAGGUGGCUAGCUGAGUUCUGGGCAAGCUUCCAUCCAUGUUUACCAUUUUGUUUUUGUUGCUGUUUGUUCAAUUGCCUUUGUAGCAUGGUUUUCCUGUCUUUUCAUAGACCCUGUGAAAUUAUCCUGUUUUGCUCUCCAUAUUUCCUCAGGUCAUUUAACAUGCUUGGCUAUAUUUCCUUUUGUGUUGCUGCAUGAAAGAUUGAUGUGAGGAAGGGCGGGGGGGGGGAGAGCAUGUAACAGACGAGUCGUUGCCAGAUAAAAGAUUUUGGCAGAGAAAAAGUCAACUGACAUAUCUUAGCCCUCUUUAAAACAUUCUUGAGAUUCUGGAUCAAAUUUGUUGUUUUUUUCUUUUUAGAACGAGGGCUUGUUUCUUAUUUUUGCAUCCCAACAUUUGAUUUAUUGAUAAUACAUGGAUGUACAAUGGUUUAGUUGAGUCCGGUUGCAGCAUUAUGAAAUCUUCUAAAACUACAGCAAAAGAAUUAAAAAGCAAAACAUUCAGGGGGCUGAAAUGAAAGAUCAUAGGAAUAUAUGAAAACACGAAGCUGCCUUAUAUUACACCAGGCAAUUGCUCCACCAGGUUCCCUAUGUCUCUUAAGCCUUCCCAAAUUACAGGUAGUCUAUUUUAUUGUUGCUGUUUUUAAUUCUUGAUAGGGUUUAUGCUUUAACACUGAUUUAUUAUCUCUAUAGGGUUUUAUGUUCUGUUUCUGUAUACCAUGUAUUCUCUGAAUGUAAGGAUGUUUAUAAAUUCUGAACUAAAUAUACAAAAUAUUGUCUACACUGACUGGCAGUGACUUCCCAGGAUUUCAGACACAGAGUUGUAUCAGUUGCUGCACCAGCAGGGUUCCACUAGUACAAUGGGACUUCUGUUUCCUCUCCGCCCCAAGUCUGCUCUGGUUCCCAGCCCUCCAGAGAUGACUUUGUGUAAAGGUUCUGUAAGUAACAGAAGGCUGUUGCACCAGUGGAAUUAAAGCUUCAGAUACGGCCCAGACAGUCUUUCUUAGCCUGAAGAUGCCAAGGUUGGAACCUGGGACCCUCCACAUGCAAAGCAGAGUCUUUACCACUGAGCUAUGGCUCUUCUUCAUGUUCUCUAAUUUUUUGAGACAGCAAAGGGAGAUGGGGAAACAAGAAUUUCAAUGUGGGGCUCAUCUUUUUCUCCACUUACCUACCCUUUGUCAACAAGAAUGACAGGCCCAGGGAGACAAAAGGAAAGCAAUGGGGUGUGUUCGGUUACAAAAACAACAAAGUUAUUUUUCCUUCAGAUUAUUUUUUUUUAAAAAAAACCUAGGGCACAAACCCUUCUUUGACAAAUGCUACCCUCUCACCACCCCUUUGAGAGUACUGGAUAAUGUCUUUCUGACCCCCAAAAUUGGCAGUCUCACUCCCUGGCUUGUGUGUAUAGGAUUGCUCUUUUAAUAAUGUUUUACACAGACUUUCCAACCUGGUGUCCUCCAGAUGUUUUAGACUAUGAGACCCAUCACCCCAGAUUAUUGGCCAUGAUGGCUGAGGCUGAUGGGAGUUGUAGUCCAAAAGGACCUCACGGUAUCAAGUUGAGGAAGGUUGCUUUAAUAGACUCGUUCUAUAAAGAGGGUCUCUUAUUAAAGUGAGACUCACUUAUAUCAUGGGAUGGCUAACCUGUAGCCCUCCAGAUGUUGUACUACAACGUGCAUCACCCCUAACCACUGAACAUGUUGUCUGGGAGUUGGAGUCCAGCAACACAGGUUUUGAAGCAAGAUUCAUUUUAACAUUUUCUCUUGAAGACUUCCCCCCCCCCCCCAAAAAAAGCAGAUCUCACAAAUCCAGUUUAAAAGCUUCAAAAGUAAAUGCAUGGGACACUUUGCUCCCUGUCCAUGGUGCUGAUUAGCUGUGUGCUUUGUAUAUCUCCAGCAUAUAAUAAGCAGAAAAGACGAAUAGUGUUGUUUGCACCUACUGGAAAACAAAUUAGGUAUAUUACAUAAACAUAUUACAUCCAAUUGCACAGGCACUUCUGGGGAACCUCAGCUGCAUAUCUUUUAUCUGAAUUAAGCCAUAAUAUGAAUAUGGUAUUUUUAAAAAUUACAAAAGGAAUCGAAAUGGUUGAGUAGCUUUGGGAAGAUUAGUCCUUGGGUGUUUGUAGUAGUCACAUUUCAGAUAUAUUGUAGCUGCAAUCCUAUACCUAUUUACCAUUUAAUUUAGUGGGACUACUUCUAAGUAGGCAUGUAGAGGAUUGUGCUGUAAAUAGGCAGAAUCCAGACUAAGUUAAUUGCACCCAAGUCCUGCCAAAAUCAAUGCAAAAUGUUAGUUAUGGUUUAACUCAUCUCACUGGUGUUAAUGGGAACUAAGUGUGAACAACUUGGACUGGACCCAGCCCAAUGUAUCCAGUCUUCACUUGCAUCUUGGUCAUUGCACUUCUUUUCUUCUCUUUUGUGAUUUCAUUGUUGUGUGCCUAUCGUAUCCCUUUUUGUAACAUAAACUUGUGGUAUCUUGAAAGGCCAGAUAUUGUAAUCUGAUGUACAAGCUUUUGUUUUUAACAGAAAAGGCAAGAAUAAAGCAAAAAAGGGAAAUUCACAAAAUCAGCAGUUUUCCUCAAAGGUCUAGGGUAGGUCUAGACCCAUGGGCUAGAUCCCAAAGCAAUGUUAUCUACACCCUGUCAACACUACUAAAUACUAAUCAAGGUGUGGAUGAAAAAACUGCUGAUGGAAAAGGACAUUGUUUUCAAAGUUGUUUAAGACAGGCAUAGUCCACACAUGCUCCAGACAUCCAAUAUUUGCAAAUAGCUUUUCCAUCAACAAUGUUGAUCUCAAACCAUCUGACAGUAGCACAUCAUCAAAAUGUAUAAAUAAAAUAUACAUAUCAACAUAAUAUCAAGAAAACAAAAACAAGUCAUGUGACUGUAUUUUGUUUUAAUAUUGAAUUUUAAGUUGUUGUACCCCACUAUGACACCUGAUGGUGAAAGGUGGGUUAAAAAUGGAAUUCAUUCGUUCAUAACAACAAGUUCAAUAAAUACAUGAAAAAUAAUUGAACAAUAUAAAGAUUCUAAAUACAAAAAAAGGUAGAGUGUUAAUACAUGUAAAUGUAGAGGGGCAAGACUAACAUUCACAGAAUGAGGAGUGACUACCGUAUGAUAGAUCUAGAGCACAUGUGACCUAGAUGCAGAAAACAAAAUGGUAGUACAAUUGGCUACCUAAACGACCCUGGCCAAUUACACUGAGUGCUUUCAGGAAAGGGCAAAAGAAAAAAAAUUCAUGGGGUAUGAAACUAAAAUAGAUUAUUGGGGGGGGCGGCUAAUCCUGCUUCUAAAUGGAUGAGCAGUGCAGAGACCAAGUUGAAGAAAGGGUUUCUUCUGGGACAGGAGUGGAGAAACUGGUCCUCCUGGUAUAGCUGGAUCUCAGCUCCCAUCAUCCAUGACACUUGACCACACUGGCUGGAGCUGAUGGGAUCUGAAGGGCAACAACAACAGCUGGGUAACCAAAGGUUCCCUAACCCUAUGGAGCAUGAGUAACAGAAAGGAGAGGGCCCUUGUGAGACUCUGGUUGUGAGGGGUUUCUGUCAGUAAAAACUGAUAGAAUUAGCCCCCAUGCUGAAUAUAGGCAGCCCUGGCAUGAGUAAAGAAUGGAAAAAGAAGCAUGAUUUGACUUUGACUUUGUGAGGCUUCCUUGAACAUUAGCUGAAAGGAUUUCAGGUUCUUGUAGGUUUUAUGUCGUCUAUUUGAAUCACACAAGGCCUCUCAUGUUUUCUCAUUAGGUCUAACAACUGUGUCGCUUGCAUAGCUCCAGUGUAUACAUAAUAAAUUAUGAACCACUUUUGAAAUAUGGUUUUGUAAAAAGCUUUCCGGGCUGGGGGAUGGAAGAGGGGAAGCAUAGAGUCUCUGUGUAAUUUGUUUAAAGUUAUAAAAGCAGAGGCUGCGACAACCUCCUAAUAAAUCUGUAGAAGCACCACUGUACUAAAAAGCAGCUUUGUGAAAAUAGACUAAUUUAUGGCCUUUCUGUCUCACUUCUUUAUGGGCACUUCCGUCUACAGCGUCAAAAAAGAAUACAAGUGGAGAAGACCUGGAAAAGCUGAGUGAACCAGGUCCAAAUUAAAUAUUGAAGAUCCAGGUUAUGAAUCCACAUGUUUCUCCUCACUGUACAAACUAAAUAAGCAAAUCUGUUCUCUCUAUACAGUGGGGCCUUGGUUUACAAACUUAAUCCAUUCUGGAAGUCCGUUCUUAAACCAAAGCAUUCUUAAACCAAGGCGUGCUUUCCCAUAGCAGCGAGGGACUCAAUUUAUAAAUGGAACACACUCAACAGGCAGCGAAACAUGUUCUUAUUCCAAGGCAAAGUUCACAAACCAAAACACCUACUUCCGGGUUUCCAGCAUUCUUAAUCCAAGUUGUUCAUAAACUAAGCUGUUCUUAAACCAAGGUACCACUGCAUAUGGUUCUUUAUUCUCCUCUAUCCAGCACACAGGUAUAUGUAUGCAGGCCCUCUGAAGUAUUAUCCGGAUAUGCUUUGGGCAUGGUCAGCGAACAGUACUGGAUAACAGGUAUGAAAAAAAAUAUAAAGAUGCGCCAAACAAAGUUUGGGCUGUUGGCCUUAGGCUUUCUGUGAGGUGAGGAGUGGCAUGUCAGUGAGGUAACUGGGCUCCCAUGAUGAGGCCCUGUGCAUAACAGCUGUCAUGUAAAGAGAUGAGGCCUUUGGGCAAGGCAAACAUCAUACGCUAAAAUGGUAAAAUGGCUGCACCAUCCAUUUGUCCCACAAUGAUGAUGAUCAAAUGAUGAGGGGAGAGGGAAGGCCAUCAUAAAAUCCUUCACAAGCCCUCCUUGCAAUUUUAGCCCAAACAUAUCUUUCUGUUAGCAUCAAUUUAGGGCCAAUCACAAAAGGUGAAGGGAAGGGACUGGUCCCCUUCUAAUCCCAGUUCUGUCCUUCCUUCAGCUGGCUGGGUGGACUGUUUGCUUAACACUACAAGGAGCCUCUCAUCUCGCCCUACUCCAAUUGGACUGAAUGUGGAGAGGAUAACGCUUCCACUCCACAACCCAAGAUGGUCAAGCACAACUCUUUUUAAUCUCUCAUUUAGGACAAAACAAAAUGGCUAUAGCUCCUCUCACCAUUUGCAAUGCUUUCUCCUGCUCCUUCCCUCAUCCACUGCGUAGCACACCCUGAAAUCUGUAGACCAUAGCAGGUGAGGAAAGGAUCCAAUGACAGGACCACGGAGUGAAUAGGGAAGAAGAGCUGCAGUAGAGCUCAUCUACUACUUUAGUGAACGAUGAAAACAGUGAAAGGGUGUGUCCAGAAUCCAGAUUGUGAGAUGUCAACCCUAGAACAGGGGUUUCACCCUUCAGAUAAGUGACAGGUGAACCUGUAGCAGAGGUUAGGAGACUUGUUAUUGUUAGUACCCUAGCUCCUUCUUAACUAUGCUUUUGGGGAGUUUGUGGCUUAGUUCUAAAGUGUGCAGAGCAUACUAACAAAGAUCAGUCUCUCUGCACAGCCAAUCGCCAUGGCUAAAGUAAGGCAUCUCAGUCUUAUUAUUGUAUUUGUUAUCAAGUAUAGCCUACUUUUCCUCCAGAAGGAGAUCAGAGCAACAUACGCUAAAAAUACUAAAACAAUAUAAAACAAGGAAUGGCAAACUACGUGUAAUCAAAUUGAAAACAGGGCUUUCGGUUAGCAUGGACUUUCCCAUUAAAGCCAGGUUUACGAACUUUUUGAAUGGCAGAUGCUUAAUUUAAGAAAUGCUUUACAGCGGAAUUAUCAGAAAGCAUACAUACAUACAGAACUAAGGCCGCAGACUAAAAUUGCGGCUUCCAGGAUGUCAUUCAUCUUGAGUGUCCCAGUACAAUUUCUUUAAGCAACUACAGAGUCCCCAAAGAAAUUAUCCGGCCAUUGAUUAGACAAACCACCUGCCUGGAAUUGAGGGGGGAGGGGAAGAGGAAGGCAUGGAAAUGGAAAAUCUUUCUGAAAGAAAUCAGCAGUCACUGAUUGCUUUGAGGGAAGAUGUGGAUGGGCUCGUGUGCUCUUGGAGUCCCAGGGAGUCUAUAUAUCAUAGUGAUGAGGUUCUUGGUCAUAAACUCACAGAGAGCAAAUGAGACAGUUUAGUUGCUUCUUUCAUUUGGGUAAUAGUCUUCUACUCCAUAUGAAGAACUAGAGCACACUAGAGUACUUUGCUUAAGCCUGUUUUGUGUAGGAUAACUUAUCAGAAUACUUGCAAGGGAGGGGGUGAACCCAAAACACCUGCCACAUACCUUCUUUGUGUAUAUUUUCACUCUUUUUCCAUGUUACAUAGCCUUAUUUAAAAAUGAAAAAUGUUGGUCUACUCCCCUGGAAAGUAUCUGUUCCAUCACUUAAGGGUGCAUAACAGCCUGCACCAUAAAGGAAUUGAAGUUUGCAAGGGAUGCUCUUCUAAGGGCACUUAUUCAGAUGUCAGUUCUGUUCAAAGAAGUCAAUAAGCUGAAUGUGCUGAAUGUCUCACCUGAAAGAUCCUAUUUAAAAAGCCACAUAGACUUUUGUUAAUAUGGCAGGUCAGGAACAGGGCGACAUACAGGAUUUUGCAGAAUUUGUCAUUUGAAUUUUUAAGCUAGUUUUGUAAGCCGCUGUGAGAACGCCUGUGUGCAAUACAAGUGCACAAUUUUAAUAAGGGAAAACUAAUGUCUGUGAAAUGUAAACCAAGAAGCUGUAAUCAAGAAGCUAUAUAUACUUUUGUCAUUUCAUAUCUAUACAGCCAGUCCUGUGCAUGCAAACUUGAGCAGGUUUCACUGAUUUCAGUGGAAACUUGUAUCCACAAAAAUGCCCUUAGGAUUUCAGGCUAGUAUGGCAAUAAAGAAAACAAGUGCAAUACAACUUCUUGCAGUAUUAUUCUUGUUUGUUCUGUUUAUCUUGAGCCAAGUGCCUGGAUAAUGUGCCCUUGCACCUGAAAACUGCCAUUGUCCAGGCAGCCUGGAUCCGAGCCCUCUUAAGAGCUGACUAGGUACAAUUCAACCACGUGAGACAUGGGCUUCCUCUGCCCAUAUUCCACACAAUCUUCAUGAUUGCCCACCCCUCCCACUGUAGACCUUCCUCUUCCUGCCUAUAGCCUGAUCAGCAGUGUCCCUUGCACAAGCAAGGACUGCAGGCAGGAAAAUGAAGGGUUAGAAAUCAGAAGCCUGAGCCAUGGACUGAUAUUCAUAUAUAAGCAUCUAACUUUUGGGAAAUAACUGGUGGAUGCCAGUUAAUUCUGAAAUCCCACUUGUGUGGGAAACUACAAAAGUAAAAAAAAGAAAAGCUGACUGCCUGAAUUAAAUAAUGUGGGGCUCGACUCACUCUUUAGCCAAAACAGACCCCAGUAGAGUUUAAAACAGAAAUACGUGCAAUGUUUGCAAAGUGUGGGAAAUAUAGGUUGUUAGACCUGUAAAUAUCCCAGUGUUAAGCACUGAUAAUGUGCUUCCCCACCUCUACCCAUCUCAAAGUGAAUAGACUACAACCUUAAGUAAGUUUAAAUGCUUUACUUACAGUAAUCAGUGGUCUCACCCAUGCAUCAUUGAAUGCUACAGCAGAAACAACAUUGGUAAGGUAUUCUUGGUUAUGAAAUACAGAAGUUUGGAGCCUCAGCCUCAGGCAUCUGCUAAGUUACAUGGUUCAAAGAGGGAGGGGGAGAGAGAGGGGGGGAACAGGAAACAACCUUUGCUUCCUCCCUCCCCAAAGGUGAGAAGUCAUGACCAAUCUGAGUCUUCUCUACCAAUACAGAACUUUGUGAUCCUUAACCCCUUUCUUACUGCUGAAUAUGUACUGUUAUGUUUGGCUGUGUUAAUCUCCCACACUAACAACCCAGAGAAAGAUGCCCAAACAAUCUGGGAUAGUAGAAGCACUCAUUUUAUGAUGGGGUCACUAAUACUUAGCUCCAUCUGGAGGUAUUUACUAUCUUAAAGCAGGGAUGGGGAACCUGUGUCCCUCCAGAUGUUGAUAGACUGCCAAAUCUCAUUUAACCAACUUUCAUUUCAGAAGAUGACCAUGGGCAAAUAGCCCACAAUGGUCCCCGCAUGGAAGUUGGUGAACAGUGCUCACCUGCAUCACCAAUAAGUACAAAAUUUAAAAGGGCUCUUUAACCUCAUACAUAUUUACUCGAAACUAAGUCCUGCUAUGCUCAACGGGACUUACUCCCAGUCUCUGCAUCUACACUCCUGCACAGCUGCUAUCUCGUACACUGGGAGUAAAUAUUCAAGCUUUGACUGGGUCUUCUUGGCAAAUGAAAUAGAUUCUUUGAGAAUGAAAGGAAAUUAUAGGAGAUGGUUUGCCACAGAUUUUGCAAUUUUAUGGCAAAACACUGUGACAGCCAAGUUACUGGGACAAUAGAGAAUCCCCACAGUGAUGUCAAAAUUCCUGAAUUCAGCAAAAGUAAUAUGAGCACUCUUUCCUUUUUGUGGAGGCAAAUCAGGAUAAAAAUCUAAUAAACCUAAUCAUUUUACUUAAGCCGCUUGAAUGUUUUCGAACAAUGUUACAAACACACAAAUACACACACACACACACACACAGAGAGAGAGAGAGAGAGAGAGAGAGAGAGGAACUUCUACUGCUGACAAAGUCUCCCUUUCCUGAUUGCUCAGUCUUGGACCCUAAAACUCACCCCUUGGCAUUUCGUCUCAUGUUCCAGUCCCACACUCAUUGUCUUUUUCCACUCUUCUCUUCAUUCUCUCCCCCACGUAGCAGAUCACGCUCUGUUGAGUCAUCUCUGCCCCACAGCCCCCAUUUGCCCUGUGACGUGUUUGUCCCAGCUCUGACGGAUGCAGUCUCCGCACCCCACUCCUUUAUAACGGAAUCGCCUCUUUUAAUCCAAUAACCACACGCAGGCCCCCAAACGAGCAUAGGUUCAAUAGGAGGGGGAGAAGAAGGGAAACAGCAUCUGUGGCAAUGGGCUGGGUAGUGGGUUAAUCCAGGCCAAGGGCCUUCUGUUUUGCUGUUCCUGAUCACCUCCUGAAAGAAUUGCUUCUCCCUUGAGAGUGGAGCCCUAGGUAAUUCUCCCACUGAGAAUGGCUGAUGCUCUGACUGCCUCCAUAGCUGUAGUCUCACAGAACCAUUGGGAACGGGGUGAAAUAGAAGGGAAGGCACCAGUUCCCCAAAAGUGAGGAAAUUCAGCCUCUUAGGGAAAGGAAGAUGUCUGGCUUCCCUUCUGUGCUACACAGGACCCUGGAUAUGUACAGACUAGCCUGAAAUUCUCGUAGGACUGGAGCUCUUUGCAAUUGUGCCUGUCCCUUUAAAGAAAGGGAAAGCUGCUUCUCACACUCUGCCUCUGUGGGUGAACACAAGGUGCUGGGAUUGAGUUGCUUGAUGCCAGAUCAAGGGAAAGUGGAGGCAGAGCUCAGAGGAAGAAGGGAGAAGAGGAUAUCUGCUGGAAAAAGAGGUGAAUUGGGGGUGAGGAUAAGUGAAACAAAAGGGGGGAGUUGGGAGGAGGUGAUAGUUGUGCCGGGAACAAUGCCUGUUUUUGCAAGGGUUGUGAGUAAUCCAAUAAAUCUAACUUGUUACUGACGCUAGUCUGGGAGUUUAGAAAUUGGCUGUGUAAACUCAAAUGUCACCUCCGGCAACCUGCUUUUGCUCAAGCGUUAGAAGCUGAUCAACAAUUUCUAAGGAAAUAGUCACUAAUGAAGGGGUGGAGGGAAAGGAAUUACCAAGCCCUGCUUGGAUGCCCCUGCUUAUGUCAGCUAAUUGGAUCAUACUUUACUCUGAUUCUUACGGAGACUUAAAUAUUUAUGUCACACAGAAAACCUUUCAUGGACAUUCUUGUUUUGAUCAAAAACGCACUUUUCGAUUCCAACUGUUGAUGAUGUACCUUAGUCUGUCUCCCCCCAUUCCUUCAGAAUGUAAAUUCUGUCACAGCGAACCUGCAUGGAGACAUGGACUCGAAAAGUGUACAUCAACUGUUGAUAAUAGUUCUACUCUUUUCUGUCACUCGUUCAUGUGAGCUAUUGAUUUUGUUAGAUUCUAUUCACACUUUAAAUCUUCUAGUGAUGAGUUUCUUUUAACGGCAAACUUGAGGCAGACCUUUUCAAGGGACAGAAAUGUCAUUCUUAUGAAAAUGAGAGCUACGCUUGCAAAAGUGGCAGAAAUAACUUCAUUUCUGACCUUCAUUCUUUGAGCAAUAAUUUAAUUGUUUUGUGAUACUGUUGUUUUUGGUUAAGGAAGCGUUGGCUCUUUUUUAACCAAAAAAGUAAAUGUGCUCUCCAUUGUAUACUAUUUUAAGCUGCUUUUUUCAUAUUCUUGAGGUUUAUGGAGAAUUCUUUGAUUUUGAACUGACAUUUCGGUUUUAUCAUCUAUAAGAAAGAUUUAAAUAAAGUGACUUUGUUUCAACCAAGUUUCUAGCCGACACUUUGAUUUUUAGAUUGAAAUAUUUGUUUGGAGAUGUUACAAUGUUUAGGAAAUGUGUGUGGAUUAUCUGAAACAUAAAACAGGUUACAUCUGAAGUAGCAUAAUCAUAUCAGGAUGAACUGUAGGAUAAGACAAUCAUGUUAUUUUCUGAUAUGGACUCAGGGUUGUUGAGGUUUUUUGCCAUGUACAACUGAUAUGCAUAAUAUGUUAUUACCUUUUGUCUAGCUCUCAUGUUAAUGAAAUAGCAAUCCAGAGAAGUGUCAAGAGGCUUCAACAUGGCUUUUCAUGUGGCGGGACUGAUUGCUAUCAUUGUGUUCUACCUGGCUAUCCUCUUUGUUGGAAUAUGGGCUGCAUGGAAAACCAAAAACAGCGGUAGUGAUGGAGAUCGUAGGGAAGCUAUUAUAGUUGGCGGAAGAGAUAUUGGCUUGCUGGUUGGUGGAUUUACCAUGACGGGUAUGUUCCUCUCUUUUUACCUGUUAUUCAAGUGUCUACAUCCUUCCUCUGACAUGAAUUUAAAUGUACGCCGUGCAAAGACACAACUUCACGGUGCUGCUUAGCUGCCAGUAAAAUUGCAUGCCACAUAAAUAGUUCUGACAGGAAGGCUUCAACCAGUUGCUUCUGAGUAGUCACACUGAGAACUGUACUCUUGUGUGUUUUCUUUUCACCACUGGAAAAUGCACCCCACUGGGCUUACUGAAUAAUGCAGUAUGAACAGGUCGAUAUAACCAUGAUUUAUAGAAUAUUCCCCCCUUGUUGUUUGUUAUAAAAACUAGCUAAUGAAUGAGUCGCAUCUCCUGUUACCUUCACAAUAUCCAACAGGAGCCAGAGCAGUUUAUCAACGCGGCAUGCAUCAUAUGUAUAUAGCUUCUGAAUAUUGCAAGGAAUAGGACAAUAAUGCUGCAUAUAGGGAAGGAUCAAAAUAUCAUGCAACAGAUGCCAUUGUAGGUGCACCAAGUUAAAUCUAAACCAAACGUAGCCAUCAACUACAGUAGCGCUUCACAAAGAAUUUCACUGGGCCAGCCUUAUUAUAAUUUAACCACAUACUGUAAUUUGGGAUCUCACAUGCUGAUCUUCAAAGCAACUUAGGCAAGAUAUUUUCAGUUAAGCCAACGUAGCUAAGUAGUUCAUGCAGUUCAAUCUGGUACAUGUUUACUCAGAAGUAAGUCUGACUCUGUGUCAUGGGAUUUAGUCCCAAGUGAGUCACAUAGGAUUGCAGCCUUCAUGUUGCAUAGAUAUCAGAAGAAAAGGAUGGGUCAAUAUACACGUCUACUUUCCUAUACACAAUGUCAGGCCGCAUUGACUCCAUUAUGACAUCAUCAGAGAGGGCAAAGGAGCCGAACGGUGAGUCAUCAUGCACCAAAAUGUUUAAAAUGUUUGUGGCUGGGCCUUCAGUUACAAGAAUUGCCAAAGUGACAUUUCAGAUUGGUGCAAAAUGGCAUGAGAUCUGAAAUGUCCCCACUCUACUUGUUAUAAAGGGCUUUGCUUCAGAAACAAGAUAAUUCAUUCAAAAGAAAAACCAUUUCAGUUCCAAAUUUAAUUAUUCUUUCAGUGUUUUCUUCCCUUCUUUGUGCAGUCAAUUUCAGGUUUACGAUUAAACUUGUCCAGCACUAAUUUGCAAAUAAGUGCAUGACUUUGUUGAACGAAUGAGUUCCUGUUGAUUUCAUUGAAAUUUUCAUUCAAAUACAGGCUAGGUUGGGGUUCAGAUUUGUAACUGGGGAGGGGAAAUAGGAUAUCAGUUAAAGCAAGAAAAAGUCUGCCUUCUUCCACCAUUUUGAUUAAAGAAUUGGAGCCUUUAUUCUCCUUUUACUUCAAGGUGUAAUUAUUGCUCAUGAUUUGAAAGGCUGCCUAUUGUGAACAAAAAUUCCAGAGUAGCGGCCACAUUAGUCUGUGGAAGCAAAAACAAGGAGUCUUGAAGGCUAAUCAAUUUAUUUUGGCAUUAGCAUUGAUGAAGUGGAGAGUCACAAGACUCUUUGUCUAAAAGGUUAGAUUCUGGAGCCAUGCACCCGGGAUCCCCAGCCUUUUUAGGUCCAGGGACACAUUUUAAAAUCUAAGAAACAGUUGUGAACACCACAAAAUACCCGUUCACAGAAGAAAAAGUGGUGAUACUUUGAAAAACAACACCUCAGAUAGGCAAAACAUACACACACAUGCCUCACAAAUGAAAGAAACACAGACCAGAAAAACAGACCAUGCUUCCACAACUAAAAACCUCCCCUGGAUAACUUAAAUUUUUAAAAAAAUUGGGAGGGAAGAGGACCUUGGUGUAUGCCAUGGGAAUUUCUAAGGUUUCCAGGGUGUCUACAGCUGCCACAUUAGAGACCCACUCAUACACCAUGUAAAGAAAAGAGAAUAUUUGGUAGGGUUAUAAUUCCCGAUUCUGCUAGCAUUUAUACUUUUGCAGUGUAAGUAAUUAUGCACUGAUUUUUAGUGUGCAAAUUGUAAAAUAGCAUUCAGGGGGAUGUUUGCUGAUCUGUGUUUUGUCAGCCAGGAAUAAAAGGUUCUAACAUUUCAAAGGAAACUAGAUGCAGUUCUGUCAACAGAACUGAUUGCCAGCCGUGAAAAUGAUGAGAAUUUUGCAGGCAGUUUCGUCAGGAGAAACACCAGCUGUCUACUGUGAUUAGUGAUGUUAAUAAAUAUUUAGAAAGUGGCAAAAUGUGUUCAAUGAUACCUAUAAGACAAAUAGGAAUGCAAAACAUCUAAAUUUUAGAAAAGAAUUCAAAGCUAAAUGUGUCUGUUCGCAAAAUGCAAACAAAUCCUACUGGCAGGACUAAGAAGAAACAACAUAUUUAAACAGAUAUAGAUGCAAGGAAUAACAAAACACAUUUAACUAGCACCGCAUAUAUAAUCGUUUUUCCUAGUAUUAAAAAAAGAGUUAAAAUCUCAUCUCCAAAAUAAAUGAACUUCCUGAGUUUGGAAUUGAUUGCAUUCCAAUAAAAUACAGAUGCACACUUUUGUCUACAAUUCGUCUACACAUUUUGUCUACGCACCCAAGAUAGUCAACAAGCUUGUUCUUAGAUUGUUGUAUUCUAUUUGCCCCACAAGCCAGAAGCUGAUCCACAAUAGACCCCAUGGACUGUAAUCAAUAACAAUACAAUCCUAUGUGUUUACUCUGAAGUAAGUCUCACAGGGUUAUAUCCAACUAAUAUAUUCAGAGUAGACCUUUGAAAUGAAUGCACCUAAAGUAGUCAUGUCCUUUAAUGUCAAUGGGUAGGGCUCUGAGGAGGAGACUGGCAUUGGAGACAACUCUCUGUGUUAAACGGGACUUAAAGAGGCCGAAGAUUGCAGUCUGUUUCCUUCUCUCCUUAAUUACAUACCCUUUUGUGUUGCUACGUCUUUUCUUCCCUUUUGUUGACUGAAUUUGUAACUUUAUUUCAACAUAAGAUUCCCUAGUUUUAAAAUAUCCUGAGUUACGAUUCCCAGGGGAGGGGAGGGACCGCCUUGAUAUUAAAAUCAAAACUCUGCCAUUUGUCGCCCUAGCAAAUGCUCUUAAAACCAGAUGAAAGACAGCUCCAGAUUCAGAUACCUUUUUCUAUUUGCUAAGUUUAUACCCCAAACACCAAUUGCAGGUGUAAGAAAUGAGCUCCUAAAGAAGGCUGGGGGGGGGGGGUUGGACAUUUUUAAAAAAACUGUUUUGUUUUAUGUUUGCUGAACUGGGCUUCUUGUGAGGAAGAAUUGUAAAUAACUACUACAACAAUAUACAAUGAAUCUCUAUAUGGCAUAAUGAUAACAGCUGCAUGCCUCUGGCAAUAUCUAUCUGUAACGAUAGGAGACAGACUGUGGCUUGUAGAAAACCUGGGCUCUAUUCAGAGUCUCUGAGGUAAGCAUGCAGUUCAGCACUGCUUAAGGGAGAUGGAAUAAUCUUAGCGCAUGGAUUGUGGGAGGGAUGAGUAAAUUUGUCUGAAAGUGACUUGGGAGUCAUUCGCACUGACAGGAAUGUUUUUGGCAAAGUAUUGAAAUUGGCUGUAAAGCGGGUCUGGUAUUUGAUAAUCCUACUGUUGAAUAGAUAACAAUAAAGUCAUGGGGUGAAUUCUGAGGUUAGUCAUACUCAGAGUGAAGACACUGAAAUCAAUCUACUCAUGUAACAAAUCCACUAAUUUGAAGCUGUCUAAUCUGAGUAUUACUUAAUAAGGCAUCACCCUAGGUGAUGGUGUUCUUUAGUGGAUUUUAAAAAAACAACAACCCCCAAACACCUCAGAUAUGAACUGAAUACUGAUACAAUGAAAUCAACCUGAAGAGUCAGCAGUUCUGCGCUUUGGUAAUUGGCAAAAUCACUCAGCGGAUCAUGUCUGUGCUUCACAUAAUAAAGAAGAUUAAGAACCUACCCAUAUAUCUAUCACACACACAAAAGAUUUUUAGCGGCAUUGACCAUCUGUGCCAUCCCAUUGCAUUUUCUUGACAGGCAACCAUGCUAAGUACACAACAAGCUUCUCCACCAUGACCACAAGCAGAGCAGAUAGCAACAUGAGUUUUGCUAUUAUUUGCCCCUUGCAACUCUUCCAUUGUGGGGAGCAUGUACGGAAUUAGUGUUGGGAUACAUGCUUCACACAACCUCUGUUUAUGUCUGUUAUCCAUCACUAAAGCACCAGAAACAUGGUACUGGAUGAAUGCUUUAUUGUAUCCCUUUCAGUCUGUGGGGAUUUUAUCUCGCAGUGAGUCAGGAACUAGGUGGUGGUGUGCAGUCUGAUGAUAGACCAGCAAUUGCCUUCAGCGAGAUCACAGGAAGAAUAGCUAGCCACAUUAUAUUAUGAUGCUAUACUACGUCAGGCUUUGCUUCUAGCUUACAUCACUCUACACUCUGCUCUCAACUCUGGCUUUGUCUUUCUAACUACCCACAAGUUGGGGGAGGGCGCCCCACCCAUUUGCCAUCUCACACAGUUCCACUUCCUUUGUUCCCCCUAAUGGCCCAUCACCCAGGCAAUCACCUCAUCAGGAAGCUAGCCUGGCUAUUCCAAGAACUAGAAGGAGACCCAGGCAAAGGAUCUCAGCAUACAGUCUACUCCUCCCCCACCAAACUCAUAACAAUAACAUAUCUGUUCUGUCUGUGAGCUGCCUAUGAGCAUUCAACAUCCCCCACCCCUACCUCCAUUUGAUGGAGACGCCACUGAGAAUCAACUCAUUAGCUGCUCAGGAGAGAGCUACAUCACAGAUGCUGCCAUUUCCUCUGUGUGUACAGGCAAAACAUAUGAGUAAAGCCAAAGCUUAAUUCAGCCAUGCAUCUGAAAUAAAAUAGCAAAUGACGUCAGGAUUAACACAUGGGUGGGUGUACUAGAUUAUUACAGUUUACUUCUCUCUCUCUCUCUCUCUCUCUCUUAGUUAUCUCUAGUUCUGUAGAGUAGCUAAGGCUGCAGUACCAAGCCACUUACCUGCGAGUAAACCUUGCUGAAUUCAAUAGAACUGAUGUCUUAGUAGAUGUGGCUGAGUCUGUGCUGUAAAUCUACUAUGAAUUCUUUAGCCGAGAUGCGAUUUUUCUUCCUCUCUACGAUUCUGUGUUUGAUGCACAAAUAAAGGAUGUUGUUUCUCUUUUUCCUGUCUAUGACAUGCUUUAACGCUUAUCUCCAUUUCUUCAGCCACCUGGGUUGGAGGUGGUUACAUAAACGGGACAGCGGAGGCUGUGUAUGUACCAGGCUAUGGGCUGGCCUGGGCCCAGGCACCCAUCGGAUAUGCACUUAGCCUUGUCGUAGGUAAGCCGGAGUUAUGACCCAAGCCAAUGUCAAGUUUAAUUGAAACAGUAUAGUUAAAGCUUAAGCUAAGAUGAAUUGUUUCACUGAGCCCACCAGCUAGAAGACUGACUGUCUCCUUGUUCCUCUUUUCAUUAAGACAUAUUUCUGGGAAAUGGGCAGGAGGGACUCAGCAUUUGAGACAUGACAUGGGACCUAUGUUUAACUGGCCUGCAGUAAGAGAUGGGGCCUCUCCAGACAUCAGUUUACUUGUGCAUCCUUGAUGAUUUCCUGCUCAUGAUGUUAUUGGGACAGUAAGACUCAUUCCCACUUUUAACACUGUUUGGGGCAGUCACACUUCUUCAACCUGAAUCAGUGCAUAAUCUCAUAACUUCCUGCUGAAAUCCUGUAACUUGUCAUGCCACAAAUGUUUUGGUUUAUUUUUGACCGGUUUUUGUUGCACUAUAAGACAGCAAUAAUGUGAUAGCAAGACCCUUGCAAUGUGUUCUUAAACAAGACUGCUGUUAUAUUGCAGGUAUAUUCUGCAACUUUGUUCUUGUCUUCUUUAAGAACACAUUGUAAGGGUCUUGGAGAGGAAGGGAGCUUUAAUGCAAUUGUCAUAGGUAUUCUCUGCAAUGUGUACUUUUUUUCAGUACACCUUUGUGAUGAUGAGUAAGGCUGCCAGCAACAAGAGCCAACCCCACGACCAGACUGCCAUUUCUUUGGCAGUAAUUAGUAAUGGUGCAUUGGACAGUUUAUGAUGGGUAGAGGGAAAGCCCUAGUCUGUGCUUAGACACCAGUUAUGUUACUCACAAGCUUAGUAACGUAACAGCACAUCAAAACUGCUAAGCACCAUCAUCAUUAUUUGGUUGCCUCCACCAAACUAAGGAAUUCAUGAGAAUCCAAAAUCUUUUCAAUGCUUUCAGCACUUCACAAAGUUAACAUUUUUGCUUGCAUCCUGAGACAGAAUGCAAUUGGGCAUAAUCUGAAUUUGAAUGGUGCAAUGAUUUACUUCAUUCAGGUCUGUAUCAAUGGCCCUUAAGGAAAGAACUGUUCCAGAGUCUUGAAUAUGAGAGGGAUUUUCCUUCUUCUCAUCUAGAUGAAAAGUAAUUUGUAGUCGAUACAUUCACUUCCCCCUGUGUGAACACAAUGUUUUCUCUCAGAGACAAGAACAGGAAUCAUCUGCCUAUGUAUGGUUGUGAAAUAUGCCCAUAUGUUCAAGGUGGUACUUAUAAUCAAAAGCUCAUGGUCCCCUUUGCUGAAUCACCACCACUUACCAGAACGGAGGGGGGUGGGGCAAGGCAGUGGGGAGAUGAGUGUGGUGCAAAUGCACUGGCCUGGCUCCACCAGUCCAUUUGCACCCCACUGACCUUCCUGCCAGUCCAUCCCUUUCCCUCUCCUCCCAGCAGUGACUCAGCUGUCAGGAGGUCAGGUGAGCACUGCAACCCCAAGACACCACUACUGGUCCGCUGAAUAUCUGAGGUCUUCUAUUAAAUGGAAAAAUAUAUUAAAAUAGUGCAGAAUCACAGAUUUUGAUUGAUUACUGGAGACCAGGCAUGUCUGAGAUCACUUGCUAUUAUUCAUGUCUAUUGUCUUUCUCAUGUUUGUUGCUUCAGGUGGCUUGUUUUUUGCAAAGCCCAUGCGUUCCAAAGGCUAUGUGACAAUGUUGGACCCCUUUCAGCAAAUUUAUGGAAAACGAAUGGGAGGGCUUAUCUUCAUACCUGCCCUAAUGGGGGAAAUGUUCUGGGCUGCAGCCAUCUUUUCUGCAUUAGGUAAGGAAUACUAUGUCAUAGCAUGGAGCCAAGAAAUCCAACCAGUGGCUCCAGGACAACUAUUGAAAAGCCAUCAAUAAAAAUGCUAACAAUCCAUGUGGUAUAGAGCGGUGGUCUUCAGCUUUGGGUCUCUAGAUGUUGCUGGAAUACAACUCCCUCAUCCCUGAUGUUUGGCUAAGCUGGCUGGGCACAAUGGGAGCUGAAGUAUAGUAAUAUCUGGAACUCAAGCCUGAAGUACACUGGCAUAGAGAAAUGUAUAGCUAAACCCAAAUGCUCACCAUAAAAUCAUGUGACCCUAGCCAUGUGGUGAUACUUGUUUAUCAGAAAACUGACUGCAAAAAAAAACAACAUUAUUAUUUAUAGUAACAUUUGAGAAGAUUCAUCAUGAAAGGCUUUAGCUAUCCAACUUGUUUUAAUAUUAAAGAGAUUACAUUGCAAUUGAAAAUGCUCUUGUUGAUUUUUAGCAAUUCAGCCUUUGUUGUGAAGAGCUCAAAACACAGCAAUGAUAUCUUUCAUUACUAGUGUUUGGCUAUUGUACUUUGAUUACCAUAGAAGAUUUCAUGGGAAUUUUUAAAAAAAAAAAUAAUUCUGCUGCAUGCAAUGAACUGGGACUGAUCAAAUAAUGUAGAAUACAUACAGUGGUACCUCGGUUUACAGAGACUUCGGGUUACAGACUCCACUAACUCGGAAAUAGUACCUCAGGUUAAGAACUUUACCGCAGGAUGAGAACAGAAAUCAUGCGGUGGCAGGUUAAGAACAGUUUCAGGUUAAGAACGGACCUCCGGAACGAAUUAAGUUCAUAACCAGAGGUACCACUGUAUAUCUUUUAAUCUGAACUAAUGAUGUGCAAUGCAAUCCUAUACAGAUCUACUCAGAAAUAAGGCCCAAUGAGUUAAAUAGAACUUACUACCAGAUAAGUAUGUGUAGGAUUGCACCCUUAAAAAUCUAGGAUCCAGUUUGGUUGAUAGAGGAGCUAGUGGCAUGUCCCACAUAUGAAAGAGUUAACAUGGGAUAUGACUACUACAUACCUAAAGCAUUGUCUGUGCACACAUAAACCUGUGUAUGUGCUAUGUCUGCCUUUCGUAUUUUGUAUAAAGGGUGUGGGAGAGUGUGUUUUUAUCAUGUGUGUUUGCACUUCUCUAACAUGUGAAAAAUAUCUUUUUUUCAACCGGUAGUAAUGAAACUGCAUGAUGCUUUCCAUUGAAACUUCAUGUACAAAAUUAUUAUCUAGAGUUUUUAGUAUGAAAUCGCUGAAUUUCAGUCCCUGGUGGAAUUUUGUAUCUGAAUGUUUUUCAUUCUGUUGCAAGAACCAAGUUUGAUAACUCUUCUAGCAUGGGGGGAAACCCUUUAGAUGAAUUACUGUAAGUGACCUUUGCAACUUUUGCUACUUUAAAAAGCACACACACACACACACACACACACACACACACACACAUCAGCUGCACAUAUAAAGUUGUUUGGUGUUGCACUCUUUUAAAAAUAAAAUAAUCAGCCUUAUUUCCAACUGUGCUCUGAUUAGCUGGAAAUCAAUGGGGAACUUUUUAACCAUAAUUUUAUUGCAAGUGCUCAAGAGUCUGAGAAUAACUGCAUGCUGAGGUGAUGGAAGCUGAGUGGCUUAAACAACUUUCAGGGAAUUUAAAACGUGUUCUUUUUAUUAAAAAAAAAACCACACAGCUCAGCUCAAACUUAAUAAAGGUUUUCUGUGGUUUCACAAUGAGAAAGCGAGCACUGUGAAUGCCUUUCAACCUGGUAGGCUCAUAAAAGGGCAACUUGCAGACUAGGAACUAGGUGGAAUUUAUCAGUUAUGAGCGUUAAGGCAACACAAUGCAUGGCUGAAAUCAACUCCGAGAUAGGACCUUGGAGAGCAACAUUCUCAAGUAUAAGUUGGCUGGUCCUUCCGAUCCACUUAGUGCUGGUUCACUCAUGCAUGUGUGAUCAUGAACGCUCAGAAAGACAGAUUUAACACCACAGAUAGAACUGACAGAUCACCUAAAAUGCAACAUUUUAAGUGGGGUCAGGUAACCCCACUAUUCAGUGGCAAGCCAUCAAGUGCAUAGCAAUUCAGUGCAGUGAAAUUGAGCCAUAGUGUGCAUGACUGUAUAGUGCUAAAGAAAGUGAACAGCAAGUUGUCAUGUGAAGACUCUCCAUCAAAGAGAGGCUAUAGGAGGUGCAGCUGCCAUAUAACAUUAUUGAAUGUCAUAGGAAAAGAUCUCUUCUGGGUGGCUAGACUUUUUAAAAUUCUAAAUCUAGUUAUCAGAUCACAACUCAAGAGAUCCUGUGGGUGGGUGUUUAGGUUCUAUUUCUGAUGGAAUGAUCUCCCCUCUUCCCCCACCCCGAAUGCACUGCUCUGAGAGCUGACGAGAGAGAGAGAGAGCGAGAGCGAGAGAGAGAGAGCGAGAGCACUGAUGGAGGUGAGGAAAAGGGGGGAAAGCAGAGGGACUAACUCCCGCUAGCACAACUAUUUAGUUUAAUCUGGCCCAGACUUUUGACUUACAACCCCAAAGCAGAUCAGAGCCUACCCCUCUAGGUAUGCCUUUAGCAUUUUAUCUCAGAGACUGGAGCUGCCUUUAAAGUUUGAGUAAAAUAUGUCAGCAUGCGUUGAACACUUUUGCCUCAUAAUGACUUUGUGCAAGUUUGGAGAGUUUUGUUGUCACAGAGCUCAGGGUUCGCCAGAUCUUUCUUCUUCCUUUUUUUCUGUGUUUUCUUCUCACAACUCUACAUGCAGGUGUCCCUCUUUCAAACAAGAUGGUUUGUGGUGAUAGUGCCUCGUGCAGUUCUCCUGCGUGGCCUACAGAAUUUUCACACCAGCGCUGAAUGCUUCAAAUGAUAGUCAGUGGAGACUUUGAAACACUCUGUCAUGUGGAAGAGCAACUUGGCAGUGGUAGUUUUGAGAAAAUACCAUGUGGAUAUAUUCUUAAGAAGCAACCACUUUUUUUUAUUAAGAAAUCAUGUACCUCAGACUUCUGAAAAGACAUAGUUGCAGAAUGAACAAAAUUGCAGAAUGCACAAAAAGUAUACAUUUCCUACAAAAGAUUAGACUAUUUCUGAAUCUGUCUUAAAAGAUUCCAGCAAGCAAUAGUGUUGCUUUAGAAACUGGGGAAAACUGAAACACAUUGAAAAGGGCGUGCAUUUCUAAAAUAGGUUUGUUUUCCUCCCUUAACCCCAACCUCUGCUGCAGGUGCCACCAUAAGUGUGAUCAUUGAUGUCAAUAUCAAUAUAUCAGUUGCUAUUUCUGCCCUAGUUGCAACUUUGUACACACUGGUGGGUGGACUUUACUCAGUAGCCUAUACUGAUGUGGUCCAGCUGUUCUGCAUUUUCUUUGGACUGGUAAGUUUCUGUAUAAUAUUUAUGUGUCUGAAACUAUGGUUGUUUUGCAAGUGCUUUAUUUAAGCCUGAAUUGUGAGAAAUGUGCUGCACAACACUGUGGGUGGGUGGAAGGAGGGAAUAAUGUUCUCAUCAGUCAAACUGUACAGGUGUAAUUAUGAUUAUAGUAUCUGUAGUAUGUGCAGAAGGAACAUGCCUUGUUCCUAUGCAACGUUUAUUAUUAUUAUUAAUAAUAAUAAUAAUUUUUAUUUAUACCCCGCCCUCCCCAGCCAAGGCCGGGCUCAGGGCAGCUAACAAGUGAUAAUAAAAACAAGUUGAAUGAAUACAACUUAAAAACAAGAUUAAAAUACAACAAUUAAAAUAUUGAAACAUUAAAAUAUUAAAAUGCAGCCUCAUCACAGGAGGAGAAAGGAAAAAGGAAAAAGAAAGAAAGAGGGAAUCAAAUUGGCUCCAAGCCAAAGGCCAGGCAGAACAACUCUGUCUUACAGGCCCUGCAGAAAGAAAUCAGAUCCUGCAGGGCCCUGGUCUCAUGAGGCAGAGCGUUCCACCAGGCCGGAGGCAGAGUUGAAAAGGCCCUGGCUCUGGUUGAAGCUAAUCUAACUUCCUUAGGGCCCGGGACCACUAGGGUACUACAGUUUUAACUGACUCCUAUUGGUCAGGAAAGAACUAGAACCAAAGAUGUUUUGUGCCCACCUCUUUACAACAACAGGAUAACCUUACCCCAAUAGCAAAGCUUCCACUUUGAAUACUAGUACUGUUCCCACAGUGUUUUUCAAACUUGGGCCCUCAGCUGUUAUUGAACUACAGCUCUCACCAUCCCUGACCACUGGUCUUCCUAGCUAGGAAUGAUGGGAGUUGUAGUACAACAACUGCUGGAGUCUCAAGUUUGAGAAACACUGGACUCUUUGUGAUUCCCCUGUGACCCUUAAAGCUGGACUACUAUAAUGACUUGUGUGUGUUGCAACCCAUGAUAAGUAGCGGUAGACACAAUUGUCUUUUGACAAGAGUGAUUACUAGACCACUGCUCUGUUCCUACACUGGAUCCCUAUUAUGCUUCAGGCUCAAGUCAUGAGGCUGGCUUUGACCUUAUAUAUUUUUGACCAUUUAUAUUUUACAGAUAUUAUUUCCAAAAUUAAUCAGAGCAACAUCUUAACUUUGUGCUUAAUGCAUGUGCGAAGGGUGCACAGAGAAAUGUCCACAUUCUUUCCCAUUGGAAACUUAGCAGAAUCAGAACCCAAGUAUCUUCCAGAGAUAUUGCAUUGCUGUUUGAUUUUGGCUUGAUGUUUUUUCAAAGGGGAGAAUUAUUAUUUUUAUUUUGUUCGGUCUAUCAUUUUUAAAGUUUGUUUAGUUCAUUUUUAACUUGUGUAUGUGUUUUGGCUGUAAAAUACUGCAUAGUGUGUCCUCACUCUUCAGAAUAUCCUACACAAUACAUGCACAGGUCUUUAUCAGUCUCAUUCAAGGUAGGACAGGUAUUAUACCUGCCCUAUAAGCUCAGCUUAGAAAAUAUCCUGUCUGCAAUAUACUCAUUUUAUGUUUCCAUUUGAAUCUGUUGUUACCUAUGUUCUGUGCCAAAUUUUAUUUCUAGUUGAAAGAAAUCCUGGUACUCAGAAAAAGUAAUGCCUGUAUUUUUUUAGUUAUAGAAAUCUAUAUUUGGACCUGAAUAACUGUUAAAAAGAAAAAGGGGAAAGAGGAAAAUAUUAAUUAAUCAAAUAUUGCUGCUAUUUCUUCAUUAUUUCCUUAGUGCCCAAUUUUGAAUGAUAGCUUCUCUUUUAUUUUAGUGGAUCAGUGUUCCGUUUGCCAUGUCCCAUCCUGCAGUGACAGAUAUUGGAUACACAGCUGUACACACUGUCUUUCAAGAGCCUUGGCUUGGAAACAUUAAAAAACCUGACAUCUACAAGUGGAUUGACAAUUUCCUCUUAUUGGUGAGCACUCCUGUGACAAACCAUGGCCUGCCACUCACAGUCUUACUCUAUGAACUCUACAGUUGCUAACCAACUAAGCAAGAGAUGCUCAAUAACUGCUUUUUAAUUAUCUAACCAUACGUUGAAGCAAACCACACGCCACUUAACAAUAAUCAUGCAUUAAUGUAGCAGCUUUGAAAAAGUGGACAGACACCUCUGUUGCAGGUGACUUAGGAAACUCUUAUUAUGAUUGGAUUGGCUGGAUACUGAGGUACAUUAGAUGACUGAAUCUGUAAUUAAAGGGAGUGGGAAGGUGGGAUAUCAAUAGUCAGGAGGAGGAAUAUGGUGGCACUUGAUAGAUUUUUUUAGAAGAAGAAGAAGAAGAAGAAGAAGAAGAAGAAGAAGAAGAAGGAGAAGAAGAAGAAGGUUGGGUUAGAGAAUAAGUUAAAGAAGCUUAACAGUGAUUAAUGCAAAAUGAUUUCCAGUUCCAGUUUCCAUAGCAUCUUGUAUGAAGGAUUAUUAUUAUUAUUAUUAUUAUUAUUAUUAUUAUUAUUAUUAUACCCCACCCUCCCCAGCCAAGACCGGGCUCAGGGCGGCUAACAACCAAUAAUAAAAACAAGUUGAUUAAAAUAAAAUUUAAAAAACAAGAUUAAAAUACAACAUUAAAACAUUAGGAUGCAGCCUCUUCACAGGAAGAGAAAGGGAAAAGAAAGAGGGGGAGGGAAUCAAACUGAUUCUAAGCCAAAGACCAGGUGGAACAACUCUUGUCUUACAGGCCCUGCAGAAAGAAAUCAGAUCCUGCAGGGCCCUGGUCUCAUGAGACAGAGCGGCAGUCCCGUAGGUACGAGGGUCCUAGGCCGUGAAGGGCUUUAAAGGUCAAAACCAGCACCUUAAAUCUGACCCUGUACUCCACCGGGAGCCAGUGCAGCUAGAAAAGCACUGGGUGAAUAUGCUCCCAUGGCAGAGACUCGUGAGGAGCCUCGCUGCAGCAUUCAGCACCCGCUGGAGGAUAGAAUGGAAAAAUAAUGAGGGAGCAAGGAAAGUAGACUGGUAGAUAAUUUGAACAAGACUGGAAAUGAGCAGGGUUUGGGGGGGGGGGGAAUGCUGUGUUCGAGAAGAGAGCUUCAACACACCAUAACAGGGUACACUAUGUUUCUUGAGGCUUGCCACAUCUCCCUUUUACAAGGGAUCUCCUCUCUGGGAUUACGCUUUGUUCAGAAAGAAGAGAGCACAGGUGUUCCUGAUGUUAAAAGACUGAGGAGUUGACCUUUCCUGCUGUGUUUUUAGCAAGUGUAGGGUGCUGAAAAUUUGCUUCAAUGUUCUCCUCUGAUACUGCUCUCUAGACACUUGGGCCAAGGAGCAACGGUACCUGAGCAAAUCUAGCUUUAUGGGAGCAGACACCCUCUUGCCUCAAUUCCACAUGUUGCCAUCAGAAGAAAACCCUUCCAAUAUUUGUUUUUAAAUACAUUUUCGAGCUGAAGGUGCAGCUAUUUCAUGAUUACAGGUUUAAAUACUGGGUGAAAUCGUUCUGAAGUCGUAAAAGAGUAGCUUGGCAUGUAUUCAAAUGAACUCAAAUGAUCUUCUGUUAGCCCAGAAAUGAUGAAGGGUUUCCUUAUUUUUCCUUGCAGACGUUAGGAGGAAUCCCAUGGCAAGCAUAUUUCCAGCGAGUUCUCUCUUCCUCUUCUGCUACAUACGCACAAGUGUUAUCCUUUCUGGCAGCUUUUGGAUGUCUUGUGAUGGCAGUGCCUGCCGUACUCAUUGGUGCCAUUGGCGCAUCAACAGGUACACUGAGUGUCCAGAUCGCCGUUACUUAAAGCAGUGGGUACGAAGGGAAUGACCUUACUGCAGGGAUGGCGAAGAAAUCCAAUUCAGUUCUCAUUUAAAAGGAAAUCCGUAUAAUUUGCACUUUCUGAAACAAUAUGCAAAAUGAAACAUAACUAUCCAUAGAAAUUUGCACGUAUCCCAAUUUUGCAAUACAGUAUUCGGACAAUGAUCAGGACCACAGUGAGUGGUGAAAGGGAUUAGCACUCUCCCUUCUGUUGAAGAUGUUUUUUGACCCACCAGGGAAGCUGGUACUGGCAUCAAUAGCAGCUUCCUUUCUGGCACAAACAGCAGCUUUGUAGGUGAGGGGGGAAUUUCCAUCGGGACCAUGACAUGGAGGGAAAGGUCCUCUGCGCUGCAGUCUGGAUUUGAUUCCCCUUGAAGUUCCUUUUUUAAAGCACAGAGAGAUGCAUAGAACAUUUAUAUUAUCACACGUUAAAUGUGUGGAUGUCCCCAAGCUGAGCCACCUACCAAGCAAAGGCUGAAUCGAGGUUUUCUAAGGGUCAAAUUGUUUAUUAAAUGUGACCAUACAUGUAGCAACCAGUUUGAGCCUUAGAAAAUCUGUAUUCAGCACUUGCCCACACUUGGGGUGGGGAUAUGGGGAUUGUUUGUUAUAUGUAUUUUUAGAAACUGGAAAAUAAAGUAGUAUAUAUAUAUAUGGGUAUCUUGGGAAGUUUUUCUUCUCCCCAUCCCAUCCCAAAAUCAGAUAGAUAGAUAGAUAGAUAGAUAGAUAGAUUAUAAAUAUAGAUAGAUAUGGACACACACACACACCCCAUACUUGGAAAUGCUACUCUUAUAAAAGAAGGGUUAAUGCAGAGGUAGAUAACAUCAGACUCAGGGCCAAGACAUAGUCCUCUAGGCCGAUUUAUCUGGUCCUCAGUUGUUUCACUGCCUCAUUGCUCCUGCCAAAGCAACACCUCUCCUUGCUUUUGCCUCACACCCUCCUUGAGAGUUUUUGCCUAGCUGGAAGGUGUCCUUGAACAGUGACAAUGUGUUCUGCUUGUCUGGAAGGAGAGGUGAAUUGGUGUAAAAACCUGAGUUUUAGGUGAGUGCGAUGUAGCCUGUUGUCAAAGGUAAGAAUCACAUCCAUCGAUCCACCCAACUUUUGUCUCCGGCCACAACCACCGCUGGCAGUGGACACCCCGAAAAAGUUUCUCCAAAGUGAAAUGCUCCAAAUGGGGCUCCAAACGCUGCCCUCAGUGCAGAAGUCUAAGCUUCAUUCGGGCUGAUCUGGUCAUAAUAUUCGUGUGCUUGCAUUACAGAUUGGAACCAGACAGAGUAUGGUGAUUCAGACCCCAAAGACAACUAUGAAGCUGACAUGAUUUUACCCAUCGUCCUCCAGUACCUUUGCCCAGUGUAUAUCUCCUUCUUUGGCCUCGGGGCAGUGUCUGCUGCUGUCAUGUCAUCUGCCGACUCUUCCAUCUUAUCGGCGAGUUCCAUGUUUGCCCGGAACAUCUACCAGCUUUCUUUUCGGCAAAGUGUAAGAUUCACUAUUGCAACCACAGUUUCGUUCUGCGAUAGGAUUAGCCAUGCUGCCAAUAGUGACUGGUGGCACAAUGAACACAGAAAGAAAAACGAGCACUUAAUUGUUUCUGAGCUGCACAAAAUAUAGAGAUAUGAGCAGGGCUUUCCCCCCCCCCCCAGCUUGAAGUCACUGGAACUUAGUUCCAGCACCUCUCAGGUGGGUGCCAUUGCCAUUCCAAGAGAAUGUGGGAGGUGCUGAUUGUGACCUCUUUUUCUAGAAAAAUAGCCCUGGAUAUAAGGAACCUACAACUGUAGCUUCUGAUGCCCUGAAACUCUGGGCUGUGUGCAAAUGCCUUCCUGCUUCUACCCAUAAGGAACAAGGGAAGGCAAUUCAAUGCCUUGAGCACACAUUAAAUUGGUACACAAAGAAGGCCGGAUUUUCUUGGUAAACUCAGUGGUUGUAUAUUCUGAGCAAUGAUCCUCUGCCUCAGUUCAAGCUACCUGUUGAAGUUGAUUCACAAUCCUCCCCUGUCAUUUUGCUGUGGCGCUGCACUGAGCUAAGUCAUAGUUUGGCUUAGUGCGUCUUCCAAAUCUGGGAUCACUGUUUAGGUCUCUCCAGAUUAACCUCAAGCUGCAACCAGUGUUUGUUCUAUUGUAUACAGCUCAUGGUCUGUGAUAUUUCAAGACCUGUUCUUGACUUCAGUAAUAUUAAGUGCCAUGUCCUACAACAGGAUUUCCUCUCCAAAGCUCUGUAGUCAUUGGAGAUUUGAAGAGUGAACUUGAUAAAUAUCAGAAUCCUUUCAGGUCAGUUUGGUUAUGGAUGUCUAAGAUUCAAGAGUUUCUUUUCCGCUAAUCGCAUUAAAUCUAUAUAAUUCUGUCCUUUAUGGAUAUUCCUGUAAGAAAACUCACCGGUAGAAAACAAUGUUUUGUUCCUUUCUUUUACAGGCGUCAGACAAAGAAAUUGUCUGGGUCAUGCGAAUUACCAUUUUUGUGUUUGGAGCAGCAGCAACAGCGAUGGCCCUACUAGCUCAGUCGGUUUAUGGGCUCUGGUACCUCAGCUCUGACCUGGUUUACAUCAUCAUCUUCCCCCAGCUCUUGUGUGUCCUCUUCAUCAAAGGAACCAACACCUACGGCGCCGUUGCAGGGUAUCUGUUUGGUGUCAUACUACGAAUUACUGGGGGAGAACCGUAUUUGCACUUGCAACCCUUGAUUUUCUAUCCUGGUUGGGAUCAAGAACAGCAAAUUCAGAGAUUCCCUUUUAAAACAUUAGCCAUGCUUACCUCUUUCUUCACUAACAUUGGAGUAUCCUACCUGGCAAAAUACUUAUUUGAAAGCAGCACUUUGCCACCCAAAUUUGACUUCUUGGAUGCCGUUGUUGCGAAGCAUAGUAAGGAGAACAUGGACAAGGCCACUCUUGUGAAAAGUGACAAUAUUGUUUUAAACGAGUUGGCCCCUGUGAACCCUCGACACAGUUUGACUCUAAGCAGCACCUUCACAAACAAAGAGGCCUUCAGUGAUAUUGAUUCAAGUCCCGAUGUAUCCGCAGCAGAAGAUAAUUGACAACGGCCCCACAGAGGAGAGAGAUCGCUUUCACAUCCCCCACAAUGCAACAGGGUAUGCAACAAAGGGAGAUCAGAGGCGUUUUAGUUGAGGGAGAAAGAAUGGACAGGGAACAAACAAACAAAAACCACUGCACAAUCCUCUUCAGCUCAUUUCUAGGAAUAGUCUGUGGAAUAAAUUGUUGUGUUUUACGAUAAAAUGCGCUGGAAUAGAAUAAGUUGCUCUACUAGCAUUUGAAUGAAGCCAAGUAACUUAGUAUUUGGGAGGGGAAUGUUUGAAAAUAAAAAGAUUAAGUAACUUUUUUAUUUUAAAAUUACUUUUAUUCAGGUACCUGAAAGAAUCAACUAUAGCCAUAAUGAAUGUUCAGCAUCUGGUUCGGAGGAAGUGUAAUAAGCAAUCCCUACUACAGAUGAACAGAACCCCCAUGCAAUUCAUUUGUUGCUUGGUUGUACCAUUUCAGUGUGUAGGACAGUAUUGAAUGUUUCAAUUAAACUUGGAAAUGAACUGCGAAUUGGAAGGGCAAUUGGAGAGGCAUCACUCCAUUGAGUUUGGGUCCAUCUGGUUUAAUAAUAAUAAUAAUACUAAUAAUUUUAUUAUUUGUACCCCACCCAUCUGAUUGGUUUAUUCAGCACCUCAACUGCUAGGCAGUCCUCCCCUGCCAAUCCUCCAUCCCAAGCAAUGAAAACCUUAAUUUUGCAAAGGGAACAUGAGCAACCAACAUCAGGGAGGGUUCACUACAUAAGGGAGGAAACUUGUGGUGCUUCCUUCUAACUGAAACUGGUGCUAAGGAGUGUUGUUUCCCGCUGGGAAUUAGGGAGUUUGUCAUUUUCUCCCUUCAAAUUGAAUUGGGGGGCGGGGGACGAUGACUAAAAAUGCUAUGCAUCUCAGCCAGUAUUUGCUGAUCUUCAUGGGUUUCAAUUCAUGAAGCAGAGAAAACUACAAAUCCCAUGAUCCCCUGAGGAAAACUAUAUUUCUUGGCUGCUACUUCUAGCUAAAAGCACCCCUGACUAUGGGCCAUGAUGGCUGAGGAAUGGGAAUACAGUGCAAGGCUUUGAUCUCCUCUUGCCCUAGCCCACUGAUAUUCCAUUUAGGAGAACAAAACUACAUGGAGAGAUCCAUUCACAGAUCUCUUACAUAGCAUAUGAUUUGAUUCCGAGUAGAUCCGAUAAUGGGAUAAUGAACUGUGCUAAUUGUUUUGUUUCAAAAUUAAAUGAUGCAAAUUUCCAUCCAAAAGUAUUUCAUUUUUAUUAACAUUUAUUAAUAUCUCGGGAGUUCCAGAUGUUCACUCUGAGAACUACUUCACCCUGCCCUUUAUGAAAUGGGGGGCGGGGGGAGGGGGCAAAUAAUGAAUUGCUGUAAAUGUGCUUUCCUGAGUGUCAAAGCAAAACUAUGGAUAAGUUGCGGCAUUUUUAAGUAAUCAGAUUUUUUGCAGCUUGGUACAUUUCUAGUGUAGCAGGUUCCCACAUUUCUACCCAGGUUUAUCAUGGCUCAGCAAUCAGGACUCAUCUUCCUGUAUCGCAUCAGGGAGUAUCUUAACAACAAGAAGAAAGUAGGAAUGUUUUAACCCUAUCACACAGUAUUUCAAGUCAGGACAGCUGGCACAAGGUAGAUGAGAAGGAAGCAAUAUUUUGCAGUGGUUUCCCUAUGUUUUCUGUGAAGGCACCCUCACAACAUUGAUGGCCGAAGGUUCAGAGGGCCUCCCUAGUUGCAUAGCCUUUCCUAUGGCCAUCUCUUAAAAUGAUUGUACGAGCAUACACUGUUGCACAACAGGAUGGCCUGUAGCACUUCACGGACAAAAACCUUGCCAUAGCACUGUUCAGAGCACCACAAAAAGCUGGCAAAUGAUCUGUAAUCAUUCUGCUGUAUGUGCCAGAUGGGAAAUCUUUGAGCCGAUUGGCUGGGUGCACAUUUUUGUCACCUGUAUCCAGAGAUAUAUAGAAAGAAAUGUACAACCAAAGACUGAAAGGUGAUUCUUGUGCUGAGUUUUUCAGGUGCUGGGAAUUUCCAGGACUGGGAACUGGCCGCUCUUCCCUCUAUGACCUUUUCAUAUCUUCACUCAAAACAUUUAAUGCAUACACUGGCCUGACAGCAGAAUCCACAUCUGAAGUCAAGUCCAUUCUGAGGGUCGGGUAGGCAACAAUCUGCGUAGUCAGACAGUUCGGAGGACAGAGAAUCCACAGGACCAAGGGUCCAGAUGGAAAGCAGGAAGCAGCUAGGUAGGGCUGGGAACCCCAGGCUGCUGCUGAGAGCUACAUUUAAGAAUGAUGGAGCCAGCUAGCUCUCACCAGUGCCAUCUCUCCCAUUUCCUCGAUAGCUGAUCAGCUGAAGGUGGAGUCACUCCGCCUUCUCCUCUUCAGGCUGCUGUUCAACAGGCAAAGCUGACUCCUGGACCAGGACAGGCCCAGUCCAUGAAGGAAGGAUUCCCGUAGGCUCAACAGAGACCUAGUUCCAUCCCUGCGUUUGCACCUGCAGGCAGGGAGGAGGGGUGAGAAAGAGGGUCUCUUGCAGUUACAAAAAUCCUCCAUUUAUGUGGGCACUGUGCCCGUAUGGGACUGGAUUACGCUCUUUCUUAUUUUUAUCCAUUGUUUGUUCUUUCUGUACAUGAGUGAGAGGGAGCCUCCCCGCCACAGCUUCAGAUAACUAGCAAUGGUUAUUGAAACUGUAUGUCUGUCGCACUGCAACAGCCCAUUGAUGUUACUGCAAAGAGCAACAUGGCGCAAGGGCUCAGCCAAGUGGGUUUUUUUAGGGUAGGAAAGGCUCAGAUAUGGACAGGAGAGCCAAGCCCUGUAAAGCCCACAGAGUGGGUUCUCCAUCACUCCAUCCUGUGCCCAUUGGAAUGGGCACCCAUUGGGUGACCAAGAACAGGUGGAACCAGAGGCAAUAGCAGUCAGAGCCAGCUAAUGCUAGUUUCAUCCCCUUGCUGCGUUGAACAAGAGAAGCAUUGAGACUUUGAGGGUGGAAGCUGAUAGGCAUGUCCCGGACUGGUUGGUUGAAAGAGGGGCAGGUGGAAGUUGCCUGGGGGCAAACUGAGGUUGGUGGGGCAGUGCCCCAUUUGCCCAAACUGAUCAAGUUUCACUGCUAUUAACAGUGGCACAGCUUUGCACAAGCUAGAAGCUGCAGGACCUCUUUUUUCUGCAAUGCUAAGAGAAGGGGAUGGGACUAGGUUCUAAGCCUGUCCACAGAUGAGCCCAUGUCAACAGUACAAUAUUAUUUAAUCUCUUGUUGCCCUCAAGGGCUGGUGAUAGAUGUACAUUACUAACCUUACAAGAGCCUCAAAUGAAUGUAAACGUUAACGGUGUUAAUCAUAUACACAGCAACAAUAAGAUCUUAGCCUUUUAUUUUCAUAGAGUAUGGCCAUUUAAUCUUUGAAAUGUAUCUAAAAUAUUUUAAAUAGUAGAAAGAAAAUGGUCAAGAUCACCUGUCUACCCUUCAAGCUGAUUUGACUGAGUAAAACGUGCAACUCAUCAGUAUAUAAUUGUAAGUCUGCUAUUUAAACAGGGUAGUAAUUGUGGCUAUUAUUUGUUAAUAGAUGUAUAUUUUUGUCUGUGUCAGAAAUAUAUUAAAAAUGGUUGGAUCUAAUAAGAACCAUGCUGUAGAUGUGUAAGUUUUCUCUCUGCAUGUGCAAUGUAUUUCAAUAGUGCCCAAGAGGUUCAGAGGGG